ACACACACAUAAACUCUCUGUCUCUCUCUCACACACACACACACACACACACACACACACACGAGUCUCUGCUGCAGCUCAUUCUGCGCUCGAUCAUCACACAGCAGAGCAUCUGUUGGUGAAGAUGAUUCCUCCUGGAGACUGUCUGUACGCGGGGAGGAAGAGGAGGAAACCCGUCCAGAAACACAGAAAACCAGCAGCAGUGACGGGGAAGUCGAACCCGUCGAAGCGGCACCGUGAGCGUCUGAACGCUGAGCUGGAGCGACUCGCCGGACUGCUGCCCUUCUCCCCAGAGAUCAUCUCCAAACUGGACAAACUGUCCGUCCUGCGUCUGAGCGUCAGCUACCUGCGGGUCAAGAGCUUCUUCAGCACUGCUCACGAGAAACACCUGAACGGGAAAGAGAGCGACACGACAGCCAGCAGUGCCCCUGAGAGUCAUCUGCUGCUAGAGGUGAAGGUUUCGUGUUCAGCAGUUUGUUUCAGUCUGAGUCGGGUGACGUUCCUCCGGAGUUCUCCUGCUUCCUGAACCGCUGCUUCCUCCUGCGCGUGCGCUGCUUACUGGACAGCAGCUCCGGAUUCCUGACGAUGCAGUUUCAGGGAAGACUGAAGCUCCUUCACGGUCAGAGGAAGAAGACGUCGUCCGGAGCGCUUCUGCCUCCUCAGCUGGCUCUGUUCUGCGUCGCUGUGCCUCUGCUCCUGCCCUCCAUCACUGAGAUGAAGAUGAAGAGUGGCGUGAUGAAGGGCAAACACAGGAACCCCGGCGUCCUCACCUCGUUAGAUCACAAUGACAGAGACGAUCCUCUCAGUCGUCCACACAUGAGCCAAGACAGCAUCAAGUACAAGAGCGAAGGUCACUACGGUCCAGACGAGCCUGUGAUCUUCUGCAGGUCGAGCGGUCAGAGCCUGGACUGCGGCGCGUGGCCCGUGAGAAGCUCCUCGGUCCGGACGGUCGACCUGCUGCCCGGCGCUCGGCUCUGCAGACACACGCAUCGAUCAGACUCUGGAUAUUACAGUCACAGAGCUGAGGCGUACGACGACUACAGCAUCAAGAGCGAGAACUUCUGCUACGAAGCUCCCGGCGAGGGAUACGACACACACGUGAUGCUGGAGCCGCCCAUAAAGAUGGAGCAAGACUCGGACUCGGAGAACGGCUGCGGACGGCCCUGGACGGAUGGGGAGAGUUACCUGAGCGGCUGUGACGGUGUGCAGAUGAAAGCGGAGGGUGGAUACGGAGAGCAGUAUUCCUGCCAGAGGAUGAAGGGAACCACGUACAGCAGUCACUAUUCCUCGAACACUUACAGCGGGACGCGAGCACUCAAGAGCGUCCUGAACAGAGAAGCACUGACCUCACAGUGUGUGGACGCCUACGCUGCUGACUACAAAGAGUACGUACAGCACGACUACAAAACGGGUUAUGAGUUCAAAGGUCACGGGCUGCUUCACUGCAUCAAACAGGAGCCGGCUGACGCUCCGCUGUGGCUCGACGUCUCCAGCAGCGGCUCGAGGAUCAACAUGAGCGGCACACACCGGAGCAACCCCUGCGUCUUCAUGCAGUAGAGCUCCACCUUCAGUCUCAGUCUGGACACUCAUGUGCUGCCUUUCAACACACAGUCAUCGUGUUACACACACACACACACACACACACACACUCACACACACACACUCACACAC